AUGUCCAUCUCCCAUUCGAGGAAAACCAAGAGUGCCCCCUUUGCUCCCCUUCCUCCCACUGCUUCCAAAUGCAUAGCCCGGUUAACCGCCAUGGAGGUAAUCGAGGAGAAGGACGCCAUGCGGCAGUGGUCGCGCAGGCAGCACCGUGAGGGGCGCACCGUGGCACUGGUGCCCACCAUGGGGUAUCUGCACGAGGGCCACCUGUCGCUCGUGCGCCUGGCCGCCUCGCUGGCGGACGUGGUGGCGGUGUCCAUCUACGUCAACCCCUCGCAGUUCGCGCCUCAUGAGGACCUCCUUUCCUACCCACGCGACCUCCCUCGCGAUCUCGCUCUUCUCAAGCGCCACGCCGUCGCACAGCCCCCUGCAGCAGCAGCGCCCGCCCCUGGCUCUGCCGAAAGCGCAGCGACAGCAGCAGCGACAGCAGCGGCGGCGGCGGGGCACGAGACGUGGGUGACGGUGGAGCGGCUGCAGCGGCCACUGUGUGGGGGUGGGCGGCCGGUGUUCUUCCGCGGCGUGGCAACGGUGGUGGCGAAGCUGCUGCAUAUUGUGGAGCCUGACGUUGCUGUUUUUGGCAAAAAGGACUACCAGCAGUGGCGGCUCAUCCAGCGCAUGGUGCGCGAUCUGGACAUGGCGGUGCGGGUGGUGGGCGCGCCACUGCUGCGCGAGGCGGAUGGGCUGGCCAUGAGCAGCCGCAACGUGCGCCUCUCACCGGAGCACAGGAUGCAGGCUCUCUCCAUCAGCCGCGCGCUGCUGGCAGCCAAGGCAGCGUUGGAGGCAACUGACAGCGGGACGGGCGAGAGUGAGCGAGGCGAGGGGCGCGCACAGGCGGCAGAGGCGAGCGCGGUGGUGGAGAGAGUGAGGCAGACGGUGGAGGAGGCAGGGGGGCGAGUGGAGUAUGUGCAGCUGGUGGAGCAGGAGAGUCUGGAGCCUAUCACGCACAUCACUCGCCCCGCUGUGCUGGCGGUGGCAGCCCAUAUCGGAUCAGUGCGUCUCAUAGACAACGUGGAGAUUGAUGUUCAUGCAUAA